AUGGCUAAGACACCUGCAAUUGGAAUCGAUCUAGGAACAACUUACUCUUGCGUUGGAAUCUUUGACAACGGAAAAGUUGAAAUUAUCGCCAACGAUCAAGGAAAUCGUACUACACCUAGUUAUGUAGCUUUCAACGAUACCGAACGCUUAAUAGGCGACGCUGCCAAAAAUCAAGUAGCUAUCAAUCCACAAAAUACCAUAUUCGAUGCUAAACGAUUAAUCGGGCGUCGAUUCGACGAAGGGAGCGUUCAAUCCGAUAUGAAAUAUUGGCCAUUCAAAGUAACCAACAAAAAUGGUAAACCCAAGUUACAAGUCCAACACAUGGGAGAGAAUAAAGACUUCUACCCAGAAGAGAUCUCUUCUAUGGUAUUAACUAAAAUGAAAGAAACCGCUGAAGCCUAUCUCGGUCAGAAAGUCAAAGACGCUGUUAUUACUGUCCCUGCAUAUUUCAAUGAUUCACAACGACAAGCAACAAAAGAUGCUGGUGCAAUCGCUGGUCUCAACGUUCUAAGAAUCAUCAAUGAACCUACAGCCGCCGCUAUAGCUUACGGACUAGAUAAAAAGUCUAAAAGCGAAAGUAACGUCUUAAUCUUCGAUCUUGGCGGCGGUACUUUCGAUGUUUCAAUCCUUACCAUGGAUAACGGAAUUUUCGAAGUCAAGGCUACUGCUGGUGACACUCACUUAGGCGGAGAAGACUUUGAUAACAGAAUGGUUAAUCACUUCGCCGCCGAAUUUAGACGAAAAUACAGAAAAGACAUCACACAAAAUAAACGCGCUAUCCGUCGUUUACGAACUGCAUGCGAAAGAUCCAAACGUACAUUAUCGUCAAGUACUCAAGCAAGUAUCGAAAUCGACUCACUUUACGAAGGACUAGAUUUCUAUACAUCUAUUACUAGAGCCCGAUUUGAAGAGCUAAACGUGGAUUUAUUCAGAAGCACUUUGGAACCAGUAGAGAAAGCACUUCGAGAUGCAAAAAUGGAUAAAUCUAUGAUCGAUGAAAUCGUUCUAGUAGGUGGAUCAACUCGCAUACCUAAAAUUCAGAAAUUAUUACAAGAUUUCUUCAACGGUAAAGAAUUGAAUAAAUCUAUUAAUCCCGAUGAAGCUGUAGCAUACGGAGCAGCUGUUCAAGCUGCUAUCUUAACUGGAAACAACGAUAAUGUAGUACAAGACUUACUAUUGUUAGACGUUGCGCCUCUAUCUCUCGGUAUUGAAACGGCUGGUGGAGUGAUGACAUCGUUAAUAAAACGAAAUACAACGAUACCAACCAAACACUCACAAAUUUUUACAACUUAUGCUGACAAUCAACCUGGCGUACUUAUCCAAGUUUUCGAAGGAGAACGAGCCAUGACAAGAGAUAACAAUCUUCUAGGUAAAUUCUCGUUAGAAGGUAUCGCACCAGCUCCUAGAGGUGUACCACAAAUCGAAGUAACAUUCGAUAUCGAUGCUAAUGGUAUUUUGAACGUAUCGGCUCAAGAUAAGAGUACAGGGAAACAAAAUCAAAUUACGAUCACAAAUGACAAAGGUCGUCUAUCGAAAGAAGACAUCGAUCGUAUGGUUAACGAAGCGGAGAAGUAUAAACAACAAGAUGACGAACAGCGAAAGCGUAUUAAUUCUAAGAACUCACUAGAAAGCUAUAUCUUCAAUAUCAAGAAUUCAGUAGAAGAUAAUAGAGUCGGUAGUAAGAUAUCAGAUGCAGACAGAACCGCCGUUUUGAAUAAAUGUAAUGAGACAUUAACUUGGUUAGACAAGAACCAGAUGGCUGAAGUAGAUGAGUUUGAAUAUCAACGUCAAGAAUUGGAAAAAGUGUGUAUGCCGAUAAUGUCAAAAAUCCAUCAGAGCGGUGCUCCAAACAAUUCGGGAAGCUCGAGUGAAUAUAGUAAGAAAGCCGAGAAUGCUGGUUGUGAACCAACUAUCGAAGAAGUUGAUUAA